UACAUCGGUUUAGAAGGGUAGCGUGAAGGUUUGAUGAGUGUUUGAUAUUUCCUCCAACGUAGAACGAAGCCUACAACGGGGGAGUAAGGCUAAGGCCCAACCUCCGUCCCGGAAAAGCCCAGAGGGAAGAGUGACGGUUCGCGUAAAUCUUCAACUUCUUGAGGUUUUUGAUUCUCCAUUCUUGUUCCUCAUGAUUUCUGGAAAGCUUUAUCCAUCCGUCUCCACAUCAUGUAUUUUCCCACCAAAACCGACCUCGACCUCGACCCCAGUUCAUGUUCAUCUUCCUCUUCUUAAAAUCUCUUCCAAACUCAGAUUAAUUAGCUUCCAAUCCGUCUCCCUCUCUUUUCCGACCUUCAUUGCUUCUAAAUCCAGUGUCAAGUCCACUAGAUUUUCGAAUUCGGUGGCAAAAGUUUAUAGCUUCGAGGGCCAAAACCCCACUUCUUUGUCGGAUUUGGAAGACUUGUCUGAGAAUGGAGUUGUCUAUAAGAAGACGCUGGCGAUGGUGGAAUGCUCCAUGUUCGCUGCACUUAAUGGUUUGGUCUACUUCUUGAGCAAUUCACUUGCUCUUGAGAAUUACUUCGGCUGUUUCUUCUGUCUACCGAUAGUAAUCUCUUCGAUGAGAUGGGGCAUAGCAGCAGGGAGAAAAACCAUGGUGGCAACAUUCUUGCUGUUGCUGGUUUUGUCUGGUCCAGUGAAAGCUUUAACAUUUCUGCUUAGGCAUGGUUUAGUGGGGUUGACAAUGGGCUCCUUGUGGAGGCUUGGAGCAAAUUGGAGUACCUCAAUCUUUCUGUGCACAAUCGUUCGGGCACUCGGGGCAGUGGGUUAUGUCUUAAUAUCUUCAUUCUUGAUAAGAGAGAACAUACUAGCUCUGAUCACUAUAAAUAUUCACGCUUCGCUCACCCUUAUCUUCACUGCCUCGGGUGUAAACUUGAUUCCAUCGAUGAAUGCAAUAUACGCUAUUUUUGGGACACUGGUAAUGCUGAACUGUGGAUGCUUCAUGUUUUUGCUUCAUCUUUUGUACUCCAUAUUCCUUACUAGACUUGGCCUGAAGACUUCAUUGACAUUGCCAAGGUGGCUGGAGAAGGCAAUGUAAACAUUCGACAGGUAUUAAAUCGUUCACGAUGAUAAAUACGCCAUUUAUUUUUUCCUUUUCUGAAGGGAGGAAGAAAUUGGUUAGGGUCACUGGUACGUUUACACCUGAUAUUUUCGCACGCAUUGGCGAGCAGAUACAGAUUGUUUUUUGAUAUGUUAUCAUGUUCUAGGUUCAAUAAAUAUGCUUGUCUGAAUGUGGAAAAUGCUUGGAUUUGCAAAGAAUGUAUGUCAUUGAUUUUGUCCAA